CAUCGCUGUGCGCUGCCGGGUCCGACAGCAGAAGCGCGGAGACGCGGCGUGAUGCGGAGCGGAGGAAUCAGGUGGGGACGGGAGGGCCCUGAAAGGAGGUUUGCAGAGGUUUAAACACUCGUUUGCCCGUUGGUUUUUAAUGCUGUUGGCUGUAUCUGGGGCCCACGUGUGCCCCAAAGCAGCACCGAAUCCGGGUGGCACAGCAGAGCUGGUGAUGCCACUCUGGGAUGUGGCAUCGUUGUAAGAGUCCUUAGAGACAAAACCAGGCACCUGCCUGCUGCACAGGGGGCUGCCAGUUGUCCCAUGUCCCCACCGCAGCAGUGAUGGGGGGAAACAAACUCUUUGUGUUUCAUUUCUACAUCUCAUUGUGUUUGGUUUGUUGGCUUGUGUGUUUUAAUAGCAGCAGAUCAGAGGCACCUGCAGCACCGGGCUGCUCUCACGUUGCAUGGCUGCAAAUUUGGGGUGGGUGGGAGCACCCAGCAGCUUGGAGCACCCUGAGCUGGAUGCAGGAGCUGGCUCAGCUUACUAGGACAUGUAGCCAGGGACAUGCAGGCACAGGAACUGGGGGUCCCCGGGUUGGGAGCACCCCUGGGUGCACAGGGAGAGUUCAGUGGGUGCAGAGCAGGGCUGGCGGUGGCUGCACUGGGUGCCCUCCCAUGGUGCAGCCGUGAAUCACAGCUCAGUGCUCCGCAGCUCCCUGUUCUCUCAAUGGGAUCCCCUGGCUGUGUUUGGGGCUGCCUGGCAAUGGCAGCAUCCUCUCCUGGAGCAUCCCAUGAGGCCGAGAUGUGGCUGACGGGGGAUGCUGCAGGGUGGAUGGAUGGCCCAGGCAUGUGGCUCAGGGAUGGUGUGUUUCACUGCUGUGUUUUUUCCCCUGGUGCUGCAGGCACUUUCCAUGCUGCUCCAAGCUAAAGCAUGUGUGCACAGCCCUGCUGCCAGGAGCCGACCUCUCACUAAGAGCAGGGACAGCUCUGGUGGGGAGGUCAGGAUCAGGACGCUGUGUGCCCUCUGCCAUGCCAUUGGCAUCCCCAAAAGAUGCUGCAGGGAUGCAGCUCUGGGGCUGGCUGAUGUCCUGAUCUGGACGAGCAUCAUGCUCCAGCCCCUUUAUUUGCAGAUCAGACCAAAGGAAUCCCCUCCAGCACAGCUCUUCCAGUGAUUUGGCCCAUUUGGAGCAGUCUUUCCUCACUGAAGUUGGAAGAAUGGAAAAGAAACACAAGCUGGAUCCUGCUGGUGCCACAGGGAUGCUCUUAUGGGAAGGAGCAUCCCCAGCAUGGGAAGGAGCCAGCCCCUCCACUGCUGCCUCAGGAAGGGAAAUGCCACGAGCAGUUUUGCUCCCUUCACUUCUUUGUCACGAAAGCCCAAACUUUGUAACUCCGCAUCCAAAGAGCUAAAUUGAAACAGUCGUUUGCCACCGCGUUGUUCUCAAAUGAUGACAAAAAAGCAUUUCCUCCCACAGCUGUUCAAAGACCAGCCCUGUCAGCCCCCUGACAAGGAAUGUCGGUGCCAUCAAUGCUGCUUUUCGUGACGUGUUUUGAUUCGGAUGGAAUCACAUCUUUUUCCAAGCAGAAAAAGGUUUCCUUUGAACGUUGGCCAGGCUGAGCUUGCAGGGUCUGGGAGGCUGUGGGGACGUGCAGUGCUGAGACCACAGCUAUGAGUUCUCCUGGGUGAUGCCACUGAGUCGCCCCGGAGCAGAGUUUGCCAUAAUGGAGCUAUGGAAAGCCCUUGAUUUCACCUUGGCUGCUCUUCCAGGCAAUGUUGGUUGAGUGAAGAGGUCUGUGAACUUAUCUCGUGUCCUUCCCAGGGAGGAAAAAUGCAUCCCAGGAGGAACCAAGCAAAUGGCAGUUCUUAAAGCAAGCAAUCAGUCCCACUGCAGGGCUGGGAGCAGCUCUGUGGUCACAUCCCAUGGCUGAGAGCUGCUCUCGCCCACCUCUGUGCCUUCCUCCAGCAGCAGAGCUGCAAAAGCACCAAGUGCUCAGAUUGUGACCAGGCAGCAGCUUCUGUGCUGCUUCUGGUGGUUUCUUUUUGCUGUUAAUGAUGUUGUUGUUGGCUGUGGCUGGUCAGGGAGCACACAGUGCAUUUAUUGCGGUGGUUGUUGCUCUCUGAUCCUCUACUUUAAAGAGCUGAUGGGCUGAGGAACCCCUGGAUGGGGCAGAGCCCCCACUCCUAUUUGGGGUUGUGGUCCCUGCAUCCCUGUGAUGCCGUGGCACUGCGGUUCCCAAGUGGCAGCAGCCAUGGGAUGCUCCCAGAUGAGACAUUUCAUUGUUCCUUGGGAUUUUCCUUCUCUGUUGCCUUGCAUGUGGCAGAACAGAUGAUCAUCAUGCCCAUGCAUAGGGCAGGGGACCAAAGCAGGUAACAUGGGGACAAACCAAUGCACACACACCCCUUGGGGCAGGCGCUCUGUCCUGUCCCUCUGGGCUGUCCCCUAUAGGACAGCUUGCCUGUGGUUUUGCAGGGCAGCUGCUGUCUUCGUUAAGUGGUGCUGGCUUAUUAAGGCUGCAUUUUUGAGGCUUAGCAGCUCUAUGGAGCCAUCUGGGAAGGACAGUGCCAGCAGUGGAGCAGCAGGAGGAGGCAAGAGGCAUUCAAUGCUUGCACUGAGGGCAAAGCUUUGUGCUUAUGGAAGCUGCUCAGAUCCUCCUUACCCCUAUGGAAAGCCCUGACCUUCCCCAUUGUCUACAACCCUCAUCGUCUCCCAGCUUUGAACCUUCUCCAAACCAACCUUCUGGAGCUGCUGAAAUGGAGUUUGAAGGGCAUCUCAGUGGGCAGGAAGGACUCAGAACUUUUAGAGAGUGUCCAAAGGAGGGCAACAAGAUGGCAAAGGGUUCAGAGAGCAUGAGGAACAGCUGAGGUCCCUCGGUUUGUUUGGCCUAGAGAAGAGGAAACAGGGAGUACUCAUGGUGGCCUUACAGCUCCAUCACAGCCUUCAGCUCCUCCUGGUGACCCUACAACUCCCUUAUGGCCUACAGCUCCAUCAUGGUAGCCUUCCAUCUCCUCGUGGUGGCCCUAGAGCUCCCUUUCACCCUACAGCUCCAUCAUCAGUUCCUCAUGGUGGCCCUACAGCUCCUCAUGGUGACCCUACAGCUCCCUUAUGCCCUACAGCUCCUCAUGGCAGCUGUAUUCCCAGCUCCAUUCCCAACACUCCGCCGUCUCAGGAGGAAUUCCUCAUUCGGCCGCUGUGGAGCAACGCUAAAUGCUUCAAUAUGUCGGCAGCUGCUGCUGGAGUCGGAUGGUAAAUGCUAAUGUGAUAUUAUCCCGUGCACUGUCCAAAACCCACUGGAAGGGUUUAGUGCAAAUUGGAUUUGCAAACCUCUAUCGGGUCUCCCUGCCUUCAGCAAAGCGCUGUAAUCCCCUGCGGGCGCCUUGACAAACCAGCUCCUUCUGUGCAAAAACAGCAGAUAUGGGGGAAAAAAAGAGCAGCCAGAUGGAGGGAUGCCCCAGUGCUGGGCUGGACGUGGCAUUGCUUGCUGUAUUGCUUUUAGGACCACAUUCCGGUCCUGCUGGGUCCCACAGUGACUUCCUCAGUGCAGGAGGAGGUUCUGCGGAUACCAGUGGUGUCGAAAUUGGCCCAGAGAAAAACACAUCUGGGGCCCGGGCUCAGCCCUGCUGCCAAAAUGUAAGCUUUUAACCCUAUUUCCCCAGGCACUGGGGUUGUUCAAACAAGCCACAGCAAUUAGUUUCCUUCAGCAAACCACCUCAUUCUGGCAUCGUGCGGUUAUUUAGCAUUGGAGGGGUUGGUUCGUUGCUCCAAAAGAGCUGUCGUUCAGAGCAGGUUUUGGCAGGAGUGGGAAAUUUGGGGCUAGAGAAGCUCCAUUUGUCAGCACCCAUGGGUGUCUGGGCUGUCUUACGUGUGGCUUUUUGGCUCACGUUAGCAUUGAUUUCCUCUUUGCCUCCAUGUUCCAUCUUGGUGUUGGACAUAAAGAUUCCGGGGAGAGUCCUCCGGUGUUGACAGGAGUGCUUCCAUGCUCUAUUUUCUUUUCCUGCCCAUCAAAGGGCCAUUUCUGUGCAGUGCUUUGCUCUCGUGUUGUGUUUCACAUCCUUGGUUUACUACCACCUCAAAGUGAUUUUGCAUUCGCGCUCUCUGCUCUGGCUGAUGCUGAGCAAUGAAAUCACAAAACAUUUCCCUGCAUUUUUACCUCUCCGUUCCCAUCUCUUAGCACAAAAGGUGGCUUCUGAUGCUGGUUAAACCCAUUGAAUCAGUGGAUAAAGGUCAUUGAAGGGACUGCCCAUUGGGAGAGGUAGUAGUAGGGACAAGGGAUGCAGCCACAUCACCCUGACCCUGCUGGUCCUCUCCCUGCAUCCCCAUGGAGUGGGCAGUGGAGCACGAGGGGCUGUGGGAGGAAUGAGGGAAAGUGGGGCUGCAGGGAGAGCAUUGCAGCUCCUCGCCUUGGGCUGAUUUUCACUUUGGGAAAGCAGAUCCAUGCGGAGCGCGGGGUUCUGGUUUUACUUAGAGAACAUGGGGAGAGCUGGGGAGGAGCAAGGGAGCAGUAACAGCACGGCUCUGUGGGCACCGAGGUGCCCCAAACCCACAUGUGCUUUGUGCACGGUGCUGCUGCCUUGAUGUGCCCAGCUGCUGUCUGCCACGGGGCUGCUGGCACAGAGCAGCCCUGAAAUACAGCUGGAGUUGGGGACCUUUCUUUCUCUCCUCUCUGCAUCCACUUAAUGCUAAUUCAUUAAGCCCUCAGAUUGGGGCUCGGGGCAUGUUUCCUUUCAGUGCACCCCAUUUCAGGCUGUGUUGCCACUUUGAGGCUGUUCUGACCCCGCAGCAUUGGCAUUCCCACUGCAGCCCUUCUCAGCACAGCAUCCACCCUACAGCACUCGGACACAGCGAUGCCAUUUGGGGGCUGCGCUUCCAGAUGGGAUCUCACCAACUUGGGGCCAUUUGGGGAACAUUCUGUCCAAGCACCACACUGUCCCCAUCCUCACCAGUGGUGCUGGGACCCCUGGGAGCUGCUUGAUCCAUUGACUUCUCCAGGAGCCUGGAAGAACCGCAGCCCCAGAGCUGCUCCACCGCAGCACAGAGCCGGGAUGGAAAUUGUUUAAUUCCUACAGGGUGAGUCAUGAGGAGCCGGGAUUUCAAAGCAGCUUGGCUCCCAUGUAAGGCACUAAAAUAAACAGUGUGGCAGGUGGAAGCUCUCUCUGAUGUCCCGUCAAGGCCUUGAUCUUUCCAAGUGUUUCGUGUUGCCAAAAACCUCGGCCACUCCGUGGCCUCAUCCAUUCUCGCGCCGUGGCCGAGGCCGAGAGCUUGAAAAUAAUGAAUCAAUGCCCGGAAGCAUGAAUCGACUGAAAAUUUAUGACAUACUUACAAUAUAAUGUCUUUUGGGCGCCCUGGCUUCUAGGCUUCAAAGCACGAGGACGGAACGUUCGCACGUCUCUUCUUCCCCCUCCCUCCGCCAUAGAGAAGGGUUUAGGGUAAAAAAUGAAGCUCGGCUUCUCCCCUUGCCUUGUUCCAUUGGGAGCUGAGCUGUUGAGCAGCCUGAAGGAUGACACGAGUCGGCUUUACAGCUGGAAAUGGUCGUGGAUGAGAAAACCUGAGAGCGUGAGAAGUGGAUGAAGCCCACACGGUCACGAAUACAACGCAGCCUGCGGGCGCUGGUGAGUCCAUGGGAUGGGAAUGCUGCACCCCCACUGAGCAGAGAAAGGCAUGAGAAAUUCCAGAAGAAAUCUCCAGCUAGAAGCCAAGCUCCAUUGCUUCUACAUUUUGCAGAGCAAUGGGGGCAGGGAUGAAAUGGAGAAGCACACACGGAACCAAGGGAUGGACUUAAUGCUUUGGGCUGAGAUGGGAGCUGGGCAGAGCGCUGACCCCAGCGACGGGCAGAGGGGAGCCAAGAUCAUGAACCUCAGCUGUGCUGCUGGCCAUUAUUUUUAGUGAGAUUUCCAGUUCUUCAGGAUGCGGAGCCUCCUGGGGAGGACCACGGGGAGGAUGCAGAGAAGUGUGGGCUCGGUUUGGUGCUUCUGCAGAGCGGGGAUGCUGGGAAGGGUUUCCUCCUGCAGGAUCAAGUUUCUCGCUUGGCAGCAGGCACAGUGCGGCUGGAUGUGUACCAUUGCAUUGAUGGAUUAUCAGGAGAAUUCGGGAGAGCUCAGUGCUUUCAGGCUGUUCUCCAGAAGAAAAUCCAAGUGCAGCCUUUGGCCUUUUGUUGAGCCCAGGAGGAGCAGCAGCAGUGUAACCAAGAUGGGAUCUCACGGAGGGCUGGGAAGAGCCUGGUGCUCCCUGUGCCAGUGGGAGUGCUGUGAUACCCAACCCAGCAGAUGCCGAUCCCAUGGGCAGCUUAGGGGGCACUGACUUCUGCUUUCCCCACAGAUUGGCAGGUGGGGUCUGGGGCUUUUUAGAAUGAGAUAAACCAAAGGCAAGCUUGGAAUCACACUGAAACAGGUUUCCCAAGGAGGCUGUGGAUGCCCCAUCCCUGCAGGCAUUCAAGGCCAGGCUGGAUGUGGCUCUGGGCAGCCUGGGCUGCUGGUUGGCAACCCUGCACAUUGCAGGGGGUUGAAACUGGAUGAGAAUUGUGGUCCUUUUCAACCCAGGCCAUCCUAUGAUUCUAUGCUUCUAUGAAUCAUUUUUGUUUCUGACUGUUUUGUAUGCUGGAGCCAGAGUUCCAUCCAGCUUUUGGAAAGGUCACCAGCGAGCGGGUGGGGGCCACAAUUGUUGGCUGCCCAGAGAGGAGCAUUUGUACGGGAUGUGUGAGGCUGAACCCGCCCUGCUGAAAUGUUAUGGGCUCAGAAUGAGCCAAAAGCCCUUCCCUGGGGUUGGCCACGCCGUGCUGUGUGUCCUGCCCAUCUCCAACCCUACAGCACCGCAUCUAAAUCCUCAACGCCAUCCCCCAUUGCUUCGCCACACCUCUCUGAUGCCCACGAGCGUUUCCAGCAUGCAUUCCCCUUCCUCUCCCCAUUGCUCUCAGCCUGGAAUCCCUCAAUUAACCAUGGGGCAAACCCCCUCGAUGCCCCCCAGUGACCCUCCCCACCACAGCUCAUUGGGGCACCAUCCACCCUAUGAGCACUCAGCCCAACGCCGGCACCACGGCGCUCUGUGUGUGUCGUCCCGGCGCUGCCUCCCGGUACCACGAAGGGAUUUCAUGAUCUUACCUCCUUAUAUGGCCAAACUAUUCUUUUUCUAUCUUGGCAUUGUUUAUAGCCCAGUUGAAAAUAUUUAGGCUCUGGCUGGGUUCUACAAUUAUCUUGUAACCUACGGGGCGUAUAAUUACUGCUAGUUAACGCGUAAUUAGCUGCAUCCUGUAAAAUAAAGUGUUACCAGCAACGAGGCAGCACUUGCACAGCUCCCAGGGUUGUUUUCUGCAAUAACAGUAAAAGUGAAUCUGUCAAAUUCCAUUUUAAAAUAAACACUUUUUUUUUUUUUCAGUCCUCCAGUAUAUUCUAUUUGGCAAAUAUUGCUAAACCAGGUUAUGUUUUGUUGUGUUUUGUGUUUUUUUUCUUCCCCUUCUCUCUCCUCCCCCCCAAAAAAACUCCAACACCCUGUGGAAAAUUUAUUUAAGAAGGAGAAAUGUUUGGAGUUUGCAAGGAGCUGAGAUGAGAAAAAGGGGAUGGGAGGUGACUGCGAGUCAGCGCCGCUCUCCGAAGGCUGGCGGUGAUGGGGGUUUAAUGGCUGCACCCAUCAGCUCCCACCGGGUCCAACCUCCUCUGGAUGGACAGAUCCCAGCACUGUCAGUUUGUAGAGACAUGUUCAACGGAAGCCGGACAUACAGCCCCUUGCCUUCCUCGCCAGCCUCACGGGCAUCCUCCUCCUCCUCCUCCUCUUCCUCGCUGCCGGUGGCUCCACGGAGACCCCCCCGGGCCCUGCCACGCCACAGCUCUCUGCUCGCCCAGUACAGCAGCCUGCUGGAGAGCUACACGGAAGGGGAGAUCCGGCAGCUCAUCUCGGCUCUAGUGGAGCGCUACAGCCAGGCCAUGAACUCGGGUGGCCACGAGCUGCCCCUCUUCCCCAAAGCGGGCAACCGCAUGAAGCGGGCACGCGCCCGCCAUAAACCCUGUGCCCUGAAGGAGCUGGAGGUGAGCGUCAGUGAGUUGGGCCUGGGCUAUGAGUCAGAUGAAACCGUGCUAUUCCGAUACUGCAGCGGCACCUGCGACACGGCCGUCAGGAACUACGACCUCUCAUUGAAGAGCGUGCGCAGCAGGAAGAAGAUCAGGAAGGAGAAGGUGCGUGCACGGCCCUGCUGCAGACCGCUGGCCUAUGAUGAUGAUGUCUCCUUCUUGGAUGCCUACAACCGCUACUACACCGUCAAUGAGCUGUCGGCCAAAGAGUGUGGCUGUGUGUGAAAGGGCCAGGUUGGGGGGUGGCCCAAUGGGGCCGAAGCUUGUGGAGGGGAUGGGGAUGGACCCCGCACCGCUGCACGCCCCAUGGACCUCCCAUGUCCAGUUGGAGGAGGAGAGAUGACCCAUGGACCUACCAUGUCCAUUUGGGAAGAGGAAAGUUGCCCCAUGGACCCUCCAUGUCCAUUGGGAGGAGGAGAAAUGCCCCACAGACCCCCCCAGGUCCACUGGGACCCUCCAUGUCCAUGGGGGAGGAAGAGAGAUGCCCCAUAGACCCUCCAUGACCAUUGGGAGGAGGAGAGAUGUCCCACAGACCCUCCACGUCUUGUGGGAGGCAAAGUGAUGCUCCAUGGACCCCCCAUGUCCACUGGGACCCUCUUUGUCCAUGGAGGAGAAGAAGAGAUGCCCCAUGGACCCCCCCCCCCCCAUGUCCAGUGGGAGGAGGAGAGACUGCAACAGUCGUGUGGCCCCGAGCGCUGCUCCCUGCCCACGUGUGUGCGCUGUGACUGUGGGGCUGCAGAGGAAGGUGUAAGUGUGAGUGUUGUCCCACUGAGGGGGUUCCCAUCAGCCGACCCUCUGGUUGGGUGUGCGACUCAGGCACAGGGCUCAGGGUGUGACACAUGUGGGGUGUUGUGCACAGAUGUUGUCCGUGUCAUUGUGCACUGGGUGCUGUCACACAGAUAUGUCACCUGCUGAGGGGUUGUGAGCUGCACGGUUGAGGUGACAGGGAUGUGUGUGCAGGAUCUAAUGUGUGCAGUGUGUCUGUAGGGCACCUGGUGUUAUGGGGUGUUGUGGGCAUACGGGGUGUUGGAUGGCUACAGGUGUCCCAAGUGGGGCUGACAUCUCCUGUUUUCACUGUGUCUGUGCUGGGGUCCCUGUGCUGUGCCCCAAAGCCCCACAUUAGGUGCAGAGCUGCAUGCACACCAUGGAAAAGCUCCAUCUCUGCUCCCCACACCCCAUCCCCUCACUCCCUGCAGCUGCCGCUUUGUAGGAUCAUUUGCAGUAACUGGAUUAACCCCACAGCCCCUCCGCCUGCAGCCGGGCUGGAGAUGUGCCACUGCUAUGGAGGUGACACAGAGCCACAGAGUCACCAGCACGGCCGGGCUGCAGCAGGUGAGGAUCCCCCAAAACCAGCCCAGCUCUGUCCUAAGGAUGUGUGGGAUUCCCAAUGGGGCAGCACAGCUCGGAGCGCAUGCAGGACAGGGCUCAGGCCUGGGCUUUGGAUCCACUCUGCAUUUACAGCAGUGUCACUCUUGUUUACUCUGCGGAGAAAUAAAUGAGACCGCAGACUUUUGCGUUCUCUGGGCAGGCUAAAUUUGUUGCCUGGGAUUGAUGGGUUUUCUCCCCUUGGCCCUCUUCCCAGAAAAAGCAAAUCAUAAACAGAAGGAGAAUAUUGGUGUCAUGUCCUGGGCACGGAGGGAGAAAGCUCCGAUGGCAGGGCUCUGCUGGGGGACCUCUGUGCCAUAAUGUGUCCGUGACCAUCGGGGAUGUGGGCAGGAUUUUGGGGUGGAGGUGACAAAGGUGACCCCAAAAGAAGCAGCUGCAGAAGGAUCCGUGCUUGUGACCUGCGCUGUGCCCACAGCUCCCUCCCACCCUCAAAUAAAGCAACACAACGCACCCAAAUCUAAUAAUAAUAACUGCGCUCUGAAGGGCUUGGGCUGCCUUCCAGUUCUCACUACUAUAAAACUAAAAUUAGUUGUGUUGCAGAAGCCUCCAGUUAAACAAAAAAGAAAAAAAAACAAAAAAGAAAAAAAAAAAAAAAAAAAACAAAACCAACCAACCGAAACCCAAAGGCCCUACAGCACAGGAAGGUGCUGCGGAGCAGUGCAGCAGGGUUAGCACCGAGCUCCCCGUGUCACCGGGAGUGCAGAGGUGACGCUGAGGUUUUGCAGCUGUUGUGUUGCUCCUGGUGUCGGGUUUUGGAGAUGUGUUGGAGAUACCCAUUGGUUUCAGGGCUUGUAGGGCUGAGGUCAGCAGCAGCUUUGCACCCUCGUGCUGCUGAACUUGUGGUGCACUUUGCAACCCCAAAAGCACCCCAAAGCAUUGGGAAACCCCCGGUGCGAAGCGUGCUGUGAAGCAAUGCGGAUGGCUGCAACGCCUCUUCUUUAUUUCUCCCCCCCCUUUCCUUUUUCACCCCGCUCAGAGGUGCGGGGGAAGCGGCUGACGUUGGCGGCGUGCGAUGGUUUGGGGAGUGCAUCUGGGCUGCAGCUGCACUGUGCAGCCACACAACACCCGGGGGACGAGCGGGGCCGCCGCGGCCAUCGCCAGACCGUGGCUUUUGCUUGCGUGUCGCUUCCGUGCGUGUCACUCAGGGCUGUCCUCUUGGGGACACGUGUGUCCUCCAGCUCCGGGAGCAUCGCCCCGUCCCGCACCGCCUGCGCAGGGAAAUGUGGUUCCAAUAGAACCGCCGCUCUUUCCCUUAAUGCUUUCCAUUUCUUCAGCCGUCUCCACUGUAAUAGGAGCUGGAGCUGUCCGGAAGAAUGUCUACAAUGCAGAAAAGGCAAAAGGAUGGAAAAUUCCCCGUUCAAAGCUACGGCGCAAUCUCAUCUGGCUCUCUUCCUCAUCACCCCAUGCGUUACUGAUUGCUAAUAGCGGUGUGCAACAUCUGUCGGGCUGCGUUUUGGGCAUUUUUGGGGUGUCUUCAACCCUGCAGCUUGCCCAUCACCCAAAGCAGGAGGGCUGGAAAGGACGACGAGAUGUUUAGAACUAUUCCAGUGGUUGUGACAGUGCAAAAUAUGAGUGUUAUGUUAUCCCGACUCUCCGAUAAUGAAUUAUGGGACGUUUCAUUGUGUUUUACUAUACACAUCCCCAUAUGGCCGUGCCGUGUUUGGGUAACUCUGGCUCUGGCUCUGGUUCGGCUCCGCCUGUCACUUGCAUCAGUCGGGAUCCCAUUUGCCAACAUGGGUGCACUCCCGAUUUGGUAUCAGUGAGGGGGAACAGGCCUAACAUCAUUGUUUCCACUCGGUGAAAGCACUGGCAAACGUUGCACCCUUUAUUUAAACAGGUCCAGAAAAGUGCUGGGAAGAAAUCGUUUCUCCCAGCUUAUCAAGACAAAUGGUCUUUCAGCGGUAUUCGAGACCUCGGCCGCCAUCUCUUCAUAAAUUGGGCUACCACGUGGUUUUGUUCUUGGUUACACAAGGCAGAACCUCUGAGUUGAGGCCCAAGAGGAAACAAAGAAAGAGAAAAAAAGGGGAAAAAGGGAAAAAAAGGAGAGGUUUGGUAGCCAUAGGCAGGAGAAGGGUGAGAAUGGGAAGAGGCAGCCCCGCAUCCCCACAUCCCCAUGUCCCCACAUCACCACUCAAUGCCAUUGGCGCAACCCCAUUUCCCUUCUGGUAUUGUCGGCUCUGUCCGACCAUCUGCAGAAGUUGAUGCAAUGCAUCUAUAUUUUAGAUACUCCUUAUUUAUUCGAAGUAACUUAUGUUAUUUAUUUAGAUACCAUAGUGUGCCAUCUAUGUAACGCGUUCUUCCUCUCUCUCUCUUUCUUUCCUUUUUUGUUUUUUAAGAUUUUAUUUAUUGAUCCAAAUGGUGCCAAGUGCAGUUUACAUUUAUUACAUUUUUACCAUUUAUUCUAAACAAUGGGGAGGGAAAAAAUAAAAAUGCAGUAUGAUAUUAUUUUUUUUAAGCAAACAUAAACUCGGGUGUGAUGCUGUUACAUACUCACGAUAAAGUGAAAAUAAAAGGAGAAUUAUAUUGAUUUCUA